CUCAUCUUGAGUUAACACCUGUCCUCAUUCUUUCCAAAGGAGAUACCUUAAAAGAAGAAAAAUUACAUCAAUCAUGAAGCUGAUCGUAGCUCUCGCUGUCGUCGUCGCUGUGGCCUAUGCUGCUCCUCAGGGUCAUCCCGAAGAGGUGGUCCUCGUCAAAGAAACUCCCUCCGACAACAUUGGACUCGGUGGUUACAAUUACGCCUAUGAACUUUCUAAUGGCCAGGCUCAUCAAGAAAGCGCCGAAUUGGUGAACCAAGGAACCGAAAACGAAGCAUUGGCCGUUCGUGGUAGCUUCAGCUGGGUUGACCCUCAAACCAACAUCAGAUACACGGUCAACUACGUCGCCGAUGAGAAUGGUUUCCAACCACAGGGCGAACAUAUCCCUGCUUGA